AUGAAAGUCCUGAUUACUUUAGCAGUUCUUCCCCUAAUAUUCGCAAACCCGCUGAUAGACCAUCACAAUCAGUAUAUUUCGCGUUUUAUCCCAACUGAAGAUAUUGAUAAUCUUAGCGGCACCAGCUAUUCUUGUGCAAAUUACCAAUGUUCCACAACUCCAUUGCAAGCCAAUCAGUGCAUUUCAUAUAACUCGGUUUCUAACACCUACAACCUUCAAGUAUGCCCAUCUGGCCAGUAUUGUCCUUGGGCCUUAUAUUCAAAAUCGAGCUCUUAUUGCCUACCAUUUGUCCCUAAUCUCCCAGGAGGAAAUCCAGGCGAUACCUGCAAUGUUCCAAGUGAUUGUGGUGGCCACUGGCCUAAAUGUGUGAAUGGAAUCUGCAUGGCUGGCGAUGCCGGUGCCAAGUGUGAUGAUCAGCCAGAUUGUAACGUUGGCCUUGCCUGCUACAACAUCCCAUCAAAUUCUACAUGCCAACCUCAGAAAUCCCUUGGACAGCAAUGUGGUAGCUAUUUGACAAUGAACAACUGCCAAAAUAACUUGGCUUGCAAUUUCGGCACCUGCCAAAAGGCUUUUUCAAUGGGUGUUGGGGCUAUUGUAGACGCCACAUCAGCUGCAUCCUUAUGCUCAACUGGCUUUUACACCUAUGUUAAAAACAACUUGAACAAGGCAAUUUGUGCAAAGGCACCUAAGAGUCCAAACCUUCCUCAGCCAGCUAAAUGCACCCCAGGCACUUACUGUAUUUCUGCUGAUGGCCAGUAUGCAGCUGCAUGCGAGUGUGGAUUCAACAGCAAUGGAAGUGCUUACUGUCCUCUAUUCCCAGGUGAUGAUCUUUAUCAGCAGUACUUCAAAGCAGUCGUUGCAUAUACUUUGACCCCUAAUAUCACUAAAUGCCACUAUUUAGAUGUUGGACAAGCAAGCUGUCCAUAUAUGCAAGGAGCAAUAUUGAACAAUGUUAUAAACGCUGCAAGACAAGUUGAGUUCUUUACAAGGUCACUUGGAAACGAUCAGUGCAUCAAGAGCAUUUAUAACUCUGAUUAUUGGUAUCCUUCACCAUCAUUCUAA